CCUUAAACGAAACCCUCAUUCCCUCACUCUCUGCCUCUUCCUCACUCUCUCAUCUCUGCCUCUCUCUAUCGUCGAUGUCGCUGUCGCAGCUCAGCUCAGCCCAUUCUCUCAAUCACUCUCUCGUCUCUGCCUCUCUCUAUCGUCGACGUCGCUGUCGAAGCUCAGCUCAGCCCACUCUCUCAAUCACUCUCUCGUCUCUGCCUCUCUCUGUCGUCGACGUCGUAGCUCAGCCCAGAUCGCAGCUCAGCCAAGAUCGCACGCUCAUCGCAGCUUAUCGCAGCUCAGCUGUCACUCUCACGCUCAUCGCAGCUCAGCCGUCGCUCAUCGUAGCUCAGCCGUUGCAGCUCACUCUCUUCCUCUUCCUCCUCCUCCGCCACCAAUUAGAUUAAAAUGGAAACAGAGACCGGGUCUACUCCAUCACAUGAAGUUGAAUCCAAUGUAGUGGAAUCUUGCUCAAGAGUAAGGGAAAAGGUUGAUCCGGCUCGGGAACAUUUUAGCCUUGGGUUGGAUGAGGAGGGACGGAAUAUUUUUACAUGUGUGUAUUGUAGGCAAACAUAUAAAGGUGGAGGUAUUAAUAGGAUGAAAAAACACCUUGCGGGGAUAAAAGGUGAUAUUGGAUCGUGUAAAAAGGUUUCUCAUGAUGUGAGAUACCAAAUGUUGGAAUAUGUGAAGGAGUUUGAGUUGAAGAAAAAAGCUGAGAAACAAUGUCAAGAAGAAAUGUUUAAUGUGCCUUCCAUAAAUAGUGAUUUGCAAGAAGAUGAUGAUGUUCAAGAAGUAUUUAGUAGUGGGUUGCCUAAAAAACCUAUCUUAGGUAAAAGAAAGGGUACAAAGCCAGUGGAUAAUUACUUUGCUCCAAGAACUACUCCAGGAGCUCAACCUGGUCUUAAAAGUAUAUUCCAAAGCAAAGAAAGGGUGAGGCAAGCUGAUAUGGCUAUUGCAAGGUUUUUGUAUGACAAUUGCAUUCCUUUUAAUGUAGUGAAUUCAAUGUACUACCAAAUGAUGAUUGAUGCCAUAGCUGUUGCUGGUCCUGGUUACAAAGGUCCAUCUUAUCAUGCUGUACGGGUCCCUUUGUUGAGGGAUAAUAAGAAAGAAGUUCAGUUGUUGGUUGAGUCACAAUGUAGGCAUUGGGCAAAAGUUGGAUGUACACUUAUGGCUGAUGGUUGGACAGAUACUAGACAUAGGUCAUUGAUUAAUUUCCUUGUUUAUUGUCCUAGGGGAAUGGUAUUUGUAAAAUCAGUUGAUGCCUCAGAUAUUGUGAAGAAUACCAGAAACUUGUUUAAAUUGUUUGAUGAAGUAGUUACAUGGGUUGGUCCAAAAAACAUAGUUCACUGGGUUACUGAUAAUGCUUCCAAUUAUGUACCUGCUGGUAAAUUGUUGUGUGAAAAGUAUAAAACUAUUAGUUGGUCUCCUUGUGCAGCACAUUGUCUGAAUCUUGUGUUGCAGGAUAUGGGAGACAUGCCUCAUGUGGAGAGACUAAAAAAUCGUGUAACCAAAGUUACAGUUUUUAUUUAUAAUCAUGUAGCUUUGAUUGCUUGGUUGAGGAAGAGACCUGGUUGGAUAGAUAUUGUACGUGCAGGAGCAACAAGAUUUGCUACUACUUUCCUUUCAUUUGGAAGCCUUCAUGUGCAUAAGCAUGACUUGCAAGUCUUAGUGACUAGCAAGUUCUUUGUGGACAACAGAUUGGCAAGAGAGUCAAAGACAAAAGAAGUAGUUUCUAUCAUUUUGGAUAAUUCUUUUUGGGAUGAUAUUAAUGUUCUUGUCAAGAUUUCAUCGCCACUCAUUCGUUUGUUACGGAUUGUUGAUUCUGAUCAAAGGCCUGUAAUAGGAUAUGUGUAUGAGUGGCAUGCAUAGAGCACGGUUGGGAAUCAAGAAGAUCUUCUGAAUGAAGAAGCACUUGUACAAGCCAUACACCUCAAUUAUAAAAAACCGUUGGGACAAGCAUUUGCAUAAAGAUCUUCAUGCUGCUGCAUAUUGGUUAAAUCCCGCUUUUCAAUAUGAUGAGGAGAAUUUUUGUCGGAAACGAGUAGUAAAUAUGGCUAUUUUGGACUACAUUGGGACAAAAUAUGACGGUGAUCAAGAAAAGGUAAUUAAGAAAACCCAAUAUUUUUGAGACCGUAUUGGGAGCUUUGAUAGAGAUCUUGCAUUGUCAACAAGCAAGACCACUCAUCUAGAUGAAUGGUGGAAGUUGUGGGGUGCUGAUGCUCCAAGCUUGCAAAAAUUGGCAAUUAGAAUCCUUAGCCAAACUUCCGCCUCUUCUGGAUGUGAGCGUUGUUGGAGUUUAUUUUAUCAAAUACAUUCUAAGAGGAGAAAUAGGUUGAAGCAUCAAAGGCUCAAUGGUCUUGUAUUUGUUAAUCAUAACUUGCGAUUGAGACAUAGGCUUUACAACAAAAAGUUUAAUUUUGAUCCCAUUGAUUAUGCAAGUAUCGACAAAAUUGAUUUUUGGGUAUUUGUGGAAGAGGAAGAUCCAUUUCUUAAUUAUGAAGAGUUGGAGAAUGCAAUUUAUGAAUAGGGUGCAUAUCCAGCAAAUGUAGAGGCUUCUUCUAAUAUUGAAGAAUCUAUAGAUGAUAGCAGUGAGGUUGAAGGAAUUGAUUUGGGAACAUUUGGACAACCUAUUGGCCCUCCUCCUGGAUUUCCAAGGAAUGAUGACGAGCAUGAUAACUUUCAUGACAUUGAUGAUUUAUGAUCAUAAUAAUUCUGUUUGAACUUUGAAGUUCAAUUUUGUAUUUUAGAGAUAAUUUCUGUCUUUUUGUAAGACACAGUGUGUAACUUGGAGUUUGAAGUUUUAUUAUUGUUUUUUAGAACUAAGUUUUAUGUAUUUUUGUAAGAAACAAUGUGUAGUUGUGUACUAUAACUUGGAGGCUUGUUUAUGUAUUUUUACUUUGUACUUUUAAGUUUUAUGGACUACAUUGGCUAGUUUGGACUACAUUGGGGUGUGAAUUUUGGUAAUAGAA